UUGUACAGUUCAACGUCUACAACUAGCGAUUUAUAGUAAAAUAAUAAACAAAUAAAACAAAAAAAGUAUCCUUAGGCCAAAACCUUUCGGCCGCGAUCAGUACUCUACUGUUGAAUUAACAUUAGUGUAUAUUUCCACAAAAAAAAAACUGGAAGUGAUCUUUGAAAUAUAAAUACAGAAUGAUUUAUUCAAAAAUUAGAACUCCUAAAUAUACGUCGGAUGCAUUUGAUAAUGUUGAAUAUCAAAUGCGUAUCACGUAUACGGUGGAAACUGAUCGCCGUAUCAUGAGUUUUGUAGACUCAAUGUGGGGCAUUGAGGUUUCUGGUGGUGUCGAUCAAUUUGAACCCUUGACAAUUAUAAAUCUAUCACCCAGUGGUUUGGCUCGUCGUGCUGGUAUGCGUAUCGGAGAUGAAAUAACCCAAAUCAAUGAUACUCCCGCUCUAGAACUGACAUUCAAUGAAGCUUUGGAGUUAUUUAGAAAAUCUGGUCGUUAUGUUCGUGUCUAUGUAAGAGGUGAUGUCGAUGAUGAGGGUGAAGAAGAUUGGACUUGUGACUUUUGGUUUAGACCACGUAGACCUUGGAGACGUGACUUUAAGCCUAUACAAUGGGAAUUCCCUUGGAAUGAUCGCCGCAAGCCUAUAUAUCGUGAAUCUAACUGUUUCAUGGUACCCUCACGCAUGGAGGAGAAAAUCCGUCAACGUCGUGCCGCUACCUCAGCUGUUAAGAAGAAGGAAGAGGCUCCUCCACAUACUAGAUCUUUGACACCUACUCCACGUCCCAAAAAUCAACCCGGAGAGAAUCUGUUGAAUACAGUUUUAAAACCACGUGGACCACCACCUAGAGAAUUGAACUGAGCUACAAGAAGAAUAAAAUUCGUUAACUACUUACUCGACUCCUUUAUCCAAUAUGUGGAAUUGAGAAAGAUGAAUUUAAUUAAUGUUGCUUGACCAUCUCUAAAAUAUACAAGUGCAAAUGAAAAAUUCCAAAAAAUGA